AUGAUCGCAAUGGUACAAGCGCAAGUCGCAGCGCUAAUCGAGGCGGCCGAGGAAAUUAAGACAAACAACGUGGAGGAGGAUCAUUUUACGAAUGCAAUGGCGAGGAGCUGCGCGCGGCAAGCCACCAUCGCGCUGCGCUACCUGGGACAGGCGGGGGAUGCGGUCGAGGCGGGCACGAAUCAGCGUGACGUGCCGUACUGGUUGGCGGCCGCCGAUACGCAGAUCGACAACUGUGUUGACGGUUUCCAAACGUUCUCACCCGCGGCGCAAGGCUUCCCCGCCUACGUACACCUCGAGUAUACGGCUAAGAAGGCGGGAAGCACGCUUGAAGCACUCGUGUCCAUCACCAACGCCGCAGCUAAAGCUGCCCCAUCCGUCGAUACGAGCGUCGCAUCAACAGAGGAGGAUGUGGCGCCCGUGCGCGGACGCCGCAUGGCCGUCCGAUCCAGCAGCACGAGUUCCGCGGGGAGCGGCGCGAUGAAUUGGCUUGAGCCGGGAUUGUACCAGCAACUUCAGGAGCUUCAGACGAGGCUGAACGCCGGAUUUGCCGCUGCGGCCGGGGAGGAUUCGGAGGGCGGUUCUACUUCAAGAAGGCUUCUGUUCCACCACCACCACCAUAACCAUAACAAGAACAAGAAGAAUAAGAGCAGCAGCAGCAAGAAGAGCAGCAAGAGCAGCAAGAAGGCGUCACCAACCGCCGGUCCGAUGGUCGUCAGCCCGUCCCUCGCUGCCAGCGCGACCGUCGGAUCCGGAUAUUCGAAGAUCCAGGAUGCCGUUGACGCCGCUCCCGGCGGCACGCGAUUCGUGAUCUACAUUCCCGCGGGAACGUACAAGGAGCAGGUGUUGAUCGAAACGACCGACAUCGUUCUCAUUGGUGCGGGCGCGGACAAGACGAUAAUCACGGGCGACGCGAGUUACGGCAGCGGGUCGGGGACUUUCGAGUCGGCCACAGUCGGCGUAGAUAGCGACAGGUUCGUCGCUUUCGGAAUCAAAUUCGAGAACACCGCAGGCCCCGAUAAUCACCAGGCAGUUGCGUUUCGCGCCACGGGCGACCAAUCCGCCCUAUUCGACUGCGCGUUCGAUGGAUCGCAAGAUACGUUGUACGUGGACGCGGGGCGCCAGUACUACAAAAAAUGCUACAUCGGCGGCUCGCAGGAUUUCAUUUUCGGCGACGCGGCCGUGGUUAUCGACGCGCCGAAGAUUCAGCUACACCCGAGCCCGUCGUUCGGGACUCUGACGGCGUCGGGACGGGCCAAGGAUACCCCGACGGGGAUCGUGAUUCGCGAUGCUGUUGUCUUGGCGGACAGCGGCACGACCAAGGUGUAUCUGGGCCGUCCGUGGAAGAAAUGUGCUUUCACAGUUUUCAUCAACGCCGAUCUCCCCGCGGUGAUCGAGAAGGACGGGUGGCUGUCGUGGAACGAGGGAAGCUGCAUGUUUCUGGCGGAGGCGGGAAGCAAGGGGCCUGGUGCCGCAUCUUCCCGCGCGGACUGGGUUUUCCCUGGGAUUAUCACGGACACCACAGAAUACGACGCCAACACCUUCACGCAAGUCAACAACUGGCUCAGCUGGUCGGGCUAG